AGAAGACGCGUGAGCCACAACAAUAACACAGCUAGCUACACUGAGAAGAACACCUCUGAAAUGUCCCGAUUUUAGCUCGUAAAUUCUGUUUUAACACAUCCAGGCAGAACGUUUCCGUGAAUAGAAUCUGAAAUAAAAGUGCAUGGCGGUGAAUCCAGACGCCAUGUUGUGAAAAAAAUACGCUGUCGUUGUUGUGACGCGCAGACGAUAUAAAUUAACGUUAAGCUAAGUGGUUUAGCUUCACCGUUAGCUUGUUUACACUCGGUCCGGUUCUCUUUUCCAGUUUUCUGUUUAAUGUCACUGGUCUCCGGUACCGCGUGCAGACAUGGAGAGCUUGUACAAGCGGAAAAUGUUCGCUUCGAUGCGGAAAACCAAGGUGGCCGCAUCGAAGAAGCGCCAGAUCGGCCUGCCCGCCUCCAUCCUGGACGACAGUGACGAAGGCUCCUUCUCCUCCUCCUCCUCCUCGUCCUCCGAAUCCCAGUCCGACUUCCAGAGCUCCCCGGAGGAGGACAGCGAGCAGGAGGACCGGGACCGCAGCGAUUCCGGGGCGACUUCCAGCGACGACAGCCGCUCAGUGACCCGCAGAAAGCGCUCGUUCCUGGGAGGCGACGACAGCUCCUCGUCCUCCAGCCCCGGGGAGGAGGAGGAUGAUGAUGAAGAGAAAGACGAUGAGAAGGAGGGCAGGAGCAAGCCGAAGAGGAUGGUGCAGCCCAGGAAGCGGAGCAGGCUGCAGCGGCAGGACGAGUCGGACUCGGACCAUGUGGAGGAGAAACGGAAAGAGGAGGCGGAGAAGGCAAAGAAGAGGCAGAGACACAACAAGCUGCUGGCGCUGUCCCAAAGGAUGAAGGCCCGGGUCCUGAACCGGAGGAGGAGCCGCCUGAAGCAGGGCGCGGGCGACGACGAAGAAGAGUCCAAAGAAGCUGAGGCCGAGGCCGGCGGUGAUGAAGAUGGAGGCGGGGGACAAAACGGCAGCGAGAAAGAGGCAGCGGAAGGUGAUGAAGGAGACAAGGAGGAGCAGAAAGACGAGGAGGCAGGGGAGCAGGAGGAGGACAAGGAUGUUUUUACGUUGGGAGGAGGAGCAGUGGCGGAGCUUCGUGGAGUGCCAAUCCGGGUCUCAGUGAGUGUCGUUCGGGCAGCAGCUAUGGUUCAGACGUGCUCAGCGUAUGGCUGUAAGAACCGCUACCACAAAGACAAAAACAUUUCCUUUCACAAGUUCCCCCUGGCACGUCCUGAUAUUUGUGGUAAAUGGGUGGCGGCAAUGAGGAGGAACAACUUCAAGCCGACAAAGUACAGCAACAUCUGCUCACAGCACUUCACCAAAGACUGCUUCAAGAGAGAGUGCAACAACCGAGUGCUGAAGGAGAACGCCGUGCCGUCGCUCUUCUUAAACCUCAGCAUUAAGUCGGAGUCCCUGGAGGACCCUUUCCCCUCAGAGAUCCACUUCCCUCUCUCUUUGCCUCUGACUACUGACCCGGCGGCGGAGGAAGAGGAGGAGGAGGAGGACGAGGAGGUGGUGGAGGAGCCCGGGAGGAGCCUACCCGACACCCGGGGCGACACGGUGGCCGUCUCCUGCGACCACAAUUAUACAGUGGAGGAUUCUGCUCGGCAGAAGAAGCGCAUCGAGCAGCUGGAGGAGCAGCUGGGGGGUCUGAGGAAGAAGCUGAAGACGCUGCAGCAGAAGUGUCGGCGGCAAGAGAGACAGCUAAAGAGGCUGAAGGCGGCACGAGAGACACCCAGGACCGGCCGCAAGCCGCCAGCAGCGUUCGGAGAGGGAUACGUGAUUUUACCGAAACACAUCUACAGCACACUGGUUGGUGUUGAGUAACGAGGAGCAGAGAAAGGAGAGACUAGUGUGGUCCAUCUGAGAGGCAGAUUAAAAACUCUUGCACGUUCAAGAUCUGUCAGCAGCCAGGCGGACUGUUGUGGAGCUGCUGAGCAAGGCAGCAAAACCCCGAGCUGAGAGCUGAAGGAAUUACUUGUUCAGGAACGCAAAAGCACAAUGUGGAAGAGUUCAGUUUUCACUUUGUUUGGGGGUUUUUCUACUGUUUGGCCUGCGGUGAAAUGACUCUGAGUCAACUCCCUCUUUAAAUGAAUGGUUCAAAAUUUUGGGUUCGGUGUCAGUGGCAGUUCCGUGCUGGAACUAUUUCUUUUCUGAAAACAGCCGAGUGCUGUGAGGCUGACUCCCUGCAGACAUGUUGUUAGGCAACCAGCAGAGACGCUGCACAGACGUACUGAGCAGAUGGAUAAAAAAUAGUUUCAACAUGUAACUAAAAUCACAAACUGCUGUUUGUUUGUGUUUGCAGGUGUAUUUUCAGUUGAGAUAGAGUCAGGCUCCCACUGCUAACCAUGUCCUGUAGUUAACACACAGACAUGAUAUUUAUAUCGAUCUUCUCAAGUAGAAAUAAAGCAAAUGAACAUUUCCCAAUAUGUUGAGUUAGUCCUUCACAGAUCCUGGUGUGGGAUUUGGGGAUGAAGUUGGGCACUAUAAAAAAAAAAAGUGUGACUUCUAUUUAUGUUGUUUGCCUUGAAGGUUUCUUCCUAAAAGAAAAUGUCAUAAAUUGAUAGCUUUUCUUUUUCAGAAUUUUUCUUCACAUAAACAUGAUGAGAAAACGUUUAUUCCUGGCUGCAGAGUCCACACCGCCUCUAACCAGUAUGUAGUGUCUUCACACUGGGAAGGUGAAAAAAUAAAAUAUACUCAAAAGUCAGUUUGCAGGCAAAAAAAAACUACUGUGCCGUUGAUCAACAAAAAUGUUCCGCCUUGUAUUCAAGUGUGUACCUCCUGAUCUUCACAACAAGAGAUAAAAAGAUUGCCACCGUCAUCACCUUCCAGAGUUGUUACAUCCUGUGUCAGAUUAACCUGCUGCACAGUGUUCUGGUGUCUAAUAAAUCUUUAAACCCA